CAACUACUAUUCAUACACCGAAGUACCGCUGGAGUGCAUGUCGAUGGACGGCGGCGACCCGUUCUCGUCACUCAUCAACUACAACCUCGUCCAAAGCGCCUAUGUGAGCAAAGCCGGCUUCGACCUAGCGAAAGAUCUGAACAUCAGCACGGAGGACGACGUGUUGUUUGCACUGUUUGCCAGAGGCAUCAACGAAGCGCAGCCUAACGAGCCAUCUCGACAGGCAGCCCUCUGCGUCUACUCGAUGAAGUAUAUCGAAGAGCGAUUUCUGGACAACAUCAAGCUGUGCGGCCAGGGCGAGUUGAUGAGAGGCCUAGCGAUCUUCAAGGUGGAUCGAAAAUGUCUCAAGAUGAAUUUCUCCCCAACCGAUGACAUCACAUGUGGUUUUGAUACGAAUUACCCUUUGGGCGGGACUUUGCCCGUCACGCAACGUUCAGCGUUAGUCACUACUAACUCAAGACUUACGGCAGUCGCGGCAACAACUGCUCACAUGUAUACCAUCGUUUUUAUUGGAACGGAUGAUGGCCAGCUGAAAAAGGCAGUGUUGGACAGUGCCACAUCAGCUCACGAGUACGAAAAGAUCGACAUUGACCCUGGACGUGAGAUAUUGGCUGAUAUGGAGUUCGACAUGUCCGGACUGUUCGUCUACGUCAUGACCGCCAGAUUGUUGAGCAAGGUCAAAGUUCAAGAAUGUUUGCGCCACCAGCGGUGCAAUCAGUGUCUGGGAGCCGAAGACCCAUACUGUGGUUGGUGUUCACAGGAUAACAAGUGCACCAUAAACGACAAUUGUAGAGGCAACUGGCUGGCUUUCAAAGGAUCUCAGUGCACGUCGAUCACUCGAGUCGAACCUGACGAAAUCCCCACUACCGUGGCGAAAUAUGUUGAUCUCACAGUCCAGAAUCUUCCGGCGGUCAGUGGUCAGCUUUCGUGUGUGUUUACUGUUCGAUCGCAGAAGCUGAUCACCGGGGCUACGAGAAAGCCCGGAGGCGUGAUCAUUUCCUGUCCCACUCCGCAGACCAAUUUAUUGCCGCUUGUUGCACCUGGUGAACACAUUUUGAGCGCCCGGUUGAGCAUUCAGGUGGACACUGGUCCUGAUUUCGCUGCCACCAACUUUACCUUCUACGACUGUUCGACGUACUCCAACUGUCAUCAGUGCGUAAGUGCUGAAUUCGCGUGUGAUUGGUGUGCCGAAUCUGCGCUGUGUACGUCUAACACCGAGGAGUACUGUCGAAAUCAAAACGUGAUUAGUGGCAUGAAUCGCAUCGGCCAUUCCACUGGUCGAAAGGGGCCCACGUUCUGUCCGUACAUCACCACCAACCAAGACCCAGCGUUAUACAUUCCUUCUGGUAGCAGCUACUCCAUCAAAGUACAGGCGAUGAACUUGCUGGUAACCACUUUGUUGACUGUCCAGUUAUUUACUGACUUUUCAGCUGCUAAAUCUUUAUUUUCUGAAUUUCAAACUGAAUUCAUGUGCGAGUUCCAAUUCGGGACUGGCACUCAUCGAAGACCUGCCCGUCGCUACAAUAACUACAUUGAAUGUGAUCGGAUGGAGUUUUCUUACUACGAUUCCCUGCCUAACGUAACGGCGAAGUUUGCGGUCACCUGGGCUUCCGGAAAGGUCUUGGACAACAUCGAAAAUAUUCGUGGUGCAUCUGUUGCCUCCUUCCCUGCAGAUAGGUGUUUGUCACGUUCUGUUUUAGUCAUCAUGUACAAAUGUGAGCGUAUGGCCAAAAGUUGCGGGUUGUGUCUCCAUCUGCCACAUCACUAUGGAUGUGGUUGGUGCGUCCCCCAGGAGACGUGCACCGUCAGCUCUAAAUGCGCCAGCCAUGGUCAAGAAUGGCUUGAUGUCAAUGGCGUCUGUUCCAAUCCCAGAAUUACAAAAUUUUAUCCCAUCUCUGGGCCGGUCGAAGGCGGCACCAGGCUGACUAUCGAAGGAAUCAAUUUGGGGCGAACUUUCAAUGACAUUAAACAAGCGGUUCGAACAAAUAACGUCGCGUGCAAGCCGUUGCGUGAACUGUAUGACGUCAGUACUCGCAUUGUCUGUAUUACGGGUCCUGCGAAUCACCAUAAGACACAGAGCGGGCCCGUAGUGGUAAGGAUCAAAGAUGCCAUGGAAUUCGUGGCCAUUUCUGACCAGAGUUUCCAGUACGUGGACCCGGUAAUUACUGGUUUUUCUCCUAAUUCUGGUCCGCAGUCAGGCGGCACUCUGCUGACAAUUCGUGGCCGAAGCCUGGACGCUGGCUAUGAGGUCACUGCUUCUGUUGGCGGGGUUCCUUGUAAAGUUGUCCAAAAACACGCCGACCGCGCGUUAUGUCUCACCGGUGCUAGCUCUGUGUCCCGUCGCUCUGGUGGUAUAGAAAUGUCGUUCGAUAACGCGACGAGAACUUUCGCUGAUUCGCAGUUCACAUACGAAAAUGACCCGGUCAUCACAGCUGUUGUUCCUGACAGGGGUAUAAUAUCAGGUGGAAUCACGGUCGACGUCACUGGCGCUGGUUUCGGCAUAAUUCAGGUGAUGCGCAUGUAUGUGGUGUAUGACGGUCGCGAGUCGUGGUCAGUAUCUCCAUGUUCUGUUCUGAGCGAUGGCCAUGCCAGAUGCGUUACCCCACGUGUGUCCAUCAACCCGAACAACCGUCACUAUCCUCGAGCAAACGUGCCUUUGAACUUGGAAUACGGCAUCAUCAUGGACGGCGUCAACUCGUCCAGGAAUAUGUCGGCGAAUCCCAAAUUCAAGGUUUUCAAUAUAUUUCCUGAUCCUGAGUUUGAAGUUUUUCCUCAUGAGGUCGGUCAGUUGUCAGUGAAGCAUUUCAAGAACGACUACUUGACCAUCAACGGCAACAACAUCGAUUUGGCAAUCAGGGAACGAGAUAUCGAAGUGUGUGGCUUACCAGAAGUGAGAAUCAGCGUUGGCGGGGGCAGCCGCAAUUACAGCAUCGGCUACCUGAGUUACGAUGACCCAUCGUCGUCGCCGAUGCCCAUGAGCAAUAUCAUCACCGUCGCUGCGGCGGUCGUCGUCUUCUUUUUUGCCAUCGUCGGGGUGCUGGUCGCCUAUCGGCGCAAAUCCACAAAGCAGCUACGACAAAUGAAGUCCCUGAAAGAUCAGAUCGACGCCAUUGAACUCAAAGUAGCUAACGAAUGCAAGGAAGCUUUCGCCGAAUUACAGACCGACAUGACCGAAUGGACAACAGAGACCACUGCGGCCGGCAUACCUUUCCUACCAUAUCGCGAAUACGUUAUGCAAGUGCUGUUUCCGAGUUCCAUCAACCACCCUGUACUCAAAGAUUUGGAGGUUGACGCAAACAGGCGCACACAGCUCGAGCGUGGUUUGACGUUGCUCAACCAGCUGUUUAUGAAUAAGUCGUUUUUGCUGAUAUUCGUACGAACAUUGGAGUCGAACAAGUAUUUCCUUUCGAAGGACCGGGUGUACGUUGGUAGUCUGCUGAUGGUUAUUCUGCAUGAGAAAAUGGAGUACUGUACGGAUAUCUUGAAAACGCUGCUGACCGAACUGAUCGAGAAAACAGUUCAGCGGCGCUACCAACCAAAGGUUCUGUUUCGACGGUCUGAAUCGGUCGCGGAGCGCAUGCUCGCCGCUUGGUUUACCUUUCUUAUGUACAGAUACUUGAUGGUGAGUACGGUUCUUGCCGAAUUACUUUUUCGUACUUUCACAAUUAAUUGCGCUUCUGUAGAAUGGCGUACCGGUGUUUCGGGAAGACUUGUGCUGCAGGACAUUGAUGUCACUACAAAAGUCGAACCCGGAGGUUGGAAGCGGCUGAAUUCACUGGCCCAUUAUAAGGUUAUCAAUAAUGCAUCCCUUGCCCUGGUUCCGAAGCAGUCGUCGAUGUAUAAUCUGUCCCUUCUCUCUGACCGAUCUGAUAAGUCGAGCACCUUUUCCCUGAAAAACAGCCCUACGUUGAGCCGCGCCUUUUCUCCACUCAGCUCGCACAAAGAUUUGGAAUCUGGCUUCAAGAUCUACCAUCUCGUGAAACCGAACGAUCCGCAGGAAAUGGGAAUGGAACGCGGCGGCAAGAUGGUGUCUGAAAUCUAUCUCACGCGACUUCUUACCACGAAGGGUACCUUGCAAAAGUUUGUCGAAGAUCUCUUCGAAGCCAUAUUUUCCAUUGCUCAUCGUGGCAGCACACUUCCGUUGUGUAUCAAAUACAUGUUCGACUUCAUGGACGACCAGGCGAUGCGGUUUGGUAUCACCGAUCCGGAGGUAGUACAUACCUGGAAGAAUAACAGUCUGCCGUUGCGCUUCUGGGUGAAUCUCAUCAAAAACCCACACUUCGUGUUCGACAUCAGUCGUCCGACGAAAAUCGAAGGCUGCCUGUCGGUGAUUGCGCAGACGCUGAUGGACUCUUGUUCCACACAAGAUCCUCAACUAACCAAAGACAGUCCGUCAUCGAAGUUACUUUUCGCCCGUGAUAUUCACAACUACAGGGAAUGGGUCGAAAGGUACUACCAAGACAUUCGUCAACUGCCCACCGUUUCCGACCAGGAUAUGAAUGCUUUCUUGGUUGAACAGUCGCGUCAGUACUACGGUGAAUUUAACGUUCUUCCAGCUUUAAACGAACUUUAUGUGUACGUCGAUCAGCACAAAGAUCAAAUUCUCGCCGCGUUGGAGGAAGAUGAGUUCGCCUGCAGAAAUAGACUUCCAAUGAAAUUCCUGCAGAUGCAGCGAGUGAUCAGCGGAGACCAAACGACGAUGACGACGGCGACGAGUGUUUCUUUCGCGAAACCUUAUCUCAAUCCUCUUGGACUCAAGGUCAUCACUCCCGGCGGCAACGACGUUAAUUCCACGGCGAUCAGUAGCUCCGUUUUCGCGUAACA